CUUCCGGGCGUUCGUUCGGGUUUCGCUCGGCAGGCGGCGGGGAGUGGGAGAGAGUUUGACAGCGGCGGACAAACAAGGACGCGUGGAAGGAGAGACACACGUUUGUCUGGUUCUCCGCAUGGAGCCCUUUCUCUAACCUGCCGAGAACUCCCGCACUAUGGACGCCCCGCAACUCCAGGCUGAUGUGUGAGUUGGCUUCAGACCCGGUCCACCAUCGACAUGGUAGACAUGGAGAGUCCCUACAGUCCUCCGUCUCCUCUGGAGGACUCUAUGCUGAACAUCCCACUCUAUAGGGACUUUGUUGGUGCAGGAGACCUACAAGACAUCUCAGAGUCCAUCAAUGAAGAGGCACUCAGCAACCUAGAUGUGUCCGAGUACCACUCAUCCGGCCUGUGCUCCAGCUCCGAGAGCUCCACCGUGCCAGAUGCUCUGACCCCAGCAUCAAGUCCAUCUUCAGGUGUGUGUGGUGCUGUAGCAGGACAGGAGGAGUUUAACUCUGCUUCUCUAAACCUGGAGUGUCGCGUAUGUGCAGACCGAGCCUCGGGAUAUCACUAUGGCGUUCAUGCCUGUGAGGGUUGCAAGGGUUUCUUCAGGCGCACAAUCCGCCUCAAGCUGGAAUACGACAAGUGUGAACGCCACUGCAAAAUCCAAAAGAAGAACCGGAACAAGUGCCAAUACUGCCGCUUUCAAAAGUGCCUAGCUGUGGGCAUGUCCCACAAUGCCAUCCGUUUUGGCCGAAUGCCCCAGUCUGAGAAGUUGAAGCUGAAGGCAGAGAUAUUAACUGGGGAGAAGGAGAUUGAGAAUCCUAAGCUAGCUGACCAGAAAACUCUGGCCAAACAAAUUUAUGAGGCUUAUCUGAAGAACUUCAGCAUGAACAAAUCUAAAGCACGGACCAUCCUGACAGGCAAAACAAGCACACCACCCUUUGUAAUCCAUGACAUGGAGACUUUGCACCUGGCUGAGCGGACUCUGGUGGCAAAGAUGGUUGGCACUGCAGGUGGACUGCUUGAUAAGGAUGCAGAAGUGCGGAUCUUCCACUGCUGCCAGUGCACGUCGGUGGAGACUGUCACAGAACUCACCGAGUUUGCCAAAUCUGUUCCAGGCUUCUGCAACCUCGACCUUAAUGAUCAGGUAACACUGUUAAAGUAUGGUGUGUACGAGGCACUCUUUGCCAUGCUGGCCUCAUGCAUGAAUAAAGACGGCUUGUUAGUUGCCUAUGGCAGUGGCUUCAUCACAAGAGAGUUCCUCAAGAGCUUGCGACGACCAUUUAGUGACAUGAUGGAGCCAAAGUUCCAGUUUGCCAUGAAGUUCAAUGCACUUGGACUGGAUGACAGUGACCUUGCCCUCUUUGUGGCAGCCAUCAUCUGCUGUGGAGAUCGUCCAGGCCUGAUGAAUGUCUCAUACAUUGAGCGGAUGCAGGAGAGCAUCGUCCAUGUUCUGCAGCUCCACCUACAGAAUAACCACCCAGACAAUACAUUUCUCUUCCCUAACCUACUGCAGAAACUUGCUGACCUACGCCAGCUAGUCACCGAGCAUGCCCAGUUAGUGCAGGAGAUCAAGAAAACGGAGGACACUUCACUGCAUCCUUUGCUACAGGAAAUCUACAGAGACAUGUACUAAGGGAGACUCAUGUGCUACCAAAUUGUAUGGGGCGUGGUGAAGGCACAAGAGAACAAGGGAUCCGGUUUAGCCCAAAACCUUUACUAACGACUGAGGACUUGUGUGACAACUCGGACGUUCAUUCGUUCCUCGUUAGAAAAUGAGGAAAUGCUCUCAGGGGCCUUAGGAAUCUGUCCUUGUUAAAGACACAGUGUAUCUGAAGGGCUGCCAAUAAACCACUAUGCACAAGAGACAGUGGUGUCCGGAAAAUAAAUGCCAGCCAACUGUACACAAGGGAUGAAAAUCAGGUAGAGGGGUUUUCUUUAGAAAGGACUUCUUUUGUCAGGAUAGUCAUAAUUCACGCUGCACUAAAGUUUCAUUGUAAUUUUCUGACUUGUGGUUUAUUAUACUUUCUAAAAAAAAUGUAUACUAAUCAUCGUGAACUCGGUCAUGGGUUAGAGACUGUAAAAACAAGCCUGCAAAUCAGAAUUGUUGAUGCAGAAAUAUGUCCUUUAAACAAAAAUAGGGGUGCAGAUUUGUUGAAGCCUUUGUACUUCUUGUUCAGCAAGAAUUGGAAGAGCCGCAUGAAAUCUGCAUUGCCUACAUGUGCACAAGAAUUUCAGCCCAAUGUGUUCAGAUCAGGUUUGAAAAAAAUACAGGGAUUUUUAAAUGCGCUUUCCAAAAAAGUCAUCAUAACAUGAUUAUUAUGUACACAACAUUCAGACAACCCUUCCUUAUCCUGAAGUUUCGGUGUCAUGACUGUUAGCGUUUCUUCCUGGUGGGUUGUAAAAGUCAGGCAGUUCGGGAAGAGUCAUGAGUUAGGGUCAGUUUGUGCCUCUGUUUUCUAAGUGUAAUAGAAAAGGUAGAACUGAUACUGUGUCAGAAGUAUUACUAGGAUGUUUUUAAAAUGUUGCCUCUGAUAUGUUUCCAAGGCAGGUUUAUUAACAACUCGUUAGUUUUUUCUCAAGUUGUUUGCCUGAUGAAAUCUCAAUGUUUGUCAUUGCAUCAAUGACAGCCAGAUACUGACCUUGGCAUACAGUAAAGCAAAAAAAAAAAGUUAUUACACUCCUUUUUGUAAGCUAAGCUUGCUAUUUCCCAAGUCUACAUUUUGCUUUAAAAAAGAGAGAAAGAAAUGAAAAAAUGAUGCCUUUGCUUCUGGCAGGUUGUUUUGUCAUUGGUAGCAAAACCACCUCAGUUCUUAAUAGAUUAGUGAUCACCUUUAGACUCUGCUAUGUUUCCUUUAGCUGUCCAGGUCUUUCUAGUGCAUGCACGCAAUCUUUUUACCGUUCUCAUGCAUCUACACAUGUAUCCAAUUUUUUAUUUCCAGCCAUCCUAGCCAGAGCUCCGCCGUAUUAGUGAAAGGGUUCUUGGGCCAUUGUGAAAUUCUUUCUGAAGGAAGUUAGAGGAUUUGUGUUGCUCCAAUCUUGCUCUCAGAGCCCUGCAACUUCAAGUGGUAGUCAUGACUAAGGAAAGUCUGUGUUUGAAAUAAAUGAAAAGUAAAACACAAAGCAGUCAAACUACAUUUAGGAUAUGAAACAUGAAUGUUUUAGAAUGCCGUAAAUACUUACUAUAGAAAUGUAGCAUGUUUAAGUUUGAAUGAUGUUUUGUGGGUUGACGUGGUACAGAUCAGUCAAAUAAUAAGGAAUCUUUGAUCAGCAUAUUCAUCAAGAAGGCUGUUGGCAGAUUUUUUUUUAGAAACAUUUAUGUGGUGUUUGCUUAAUCAAUUAAUAAAUAGGCCUAUAUGGAUUGAUAACACUAUACGUUUGUGGACACCUGACAAUCACACCCAUAUGUGCUUAUUGAACAUCUCCUUGUCCCUUUGCUGUUAUAAUAACUGUGAUGGUUUUCCACUAGAUGUUGACUAGUGGGGAUUUGUGUUCUUUCAGCUGUAGGAACUUUAGUAAGAUCAGACAAUGUUGGAUGAGAAGGGUCUGGGGUGCAGUCAUUGUUCCAGUUCAUCCCAAAGGUGUCUAGUUCAUAGGAUUGAGUCAUAGUCAGGGCUCUUUGCUGGAGGCUCCGGUUCUUCCACUCUAGCCUUGGCAAAUCCUGUCCUCAUAGACCUCACUUUGUGCACAGGGGCAUUGUCAUGCUGGAACAGGUUUGGGCUUCUUAGCUCCAGGGAAGAGAAGUUGUAAUGUUACAGCAUUGUGCUUCUAUUUUUGUGCAAACACAAAGGGAAAGAAAUGCAUACGAGUGUGAUUGUGUCCACAGGUGUCCACAAAGUUUUGGCUAUAAAGUGUAGAUCAGAGAUGGGCUUACUUACUGAAAUCAGGUGUUGGCCAAAAUUGUAUAAGCAUAUUAAUACACCAGUACAAUAUAACUAGUAUGCAAUAGAAUGGAAAGAACAUUCAGUUGUGCCGGUUUCAUUUUUUUCUUUUUAGGUUUUAUAAACAUAUCUAUCGAUCGAGUCUGUAUUUAAUGAGCAAAUAAUUACUACAUUUGGGUCAGAAUCAGUUAGAGAAGACAAAAUCAGCCAGACACAUCAUCAUUAACUACAAAACACACAAUUCAUAAACACUUUAGAAACUGUAAUUUGACUGGAUAAUUGUUGCACUGUUACCAUUUCUGUGAAAUAUAAGCAGCAAUAUACGUCAAAGCCAACGCUGCUAAGUUUAUUCCUCCUGCCUUUUUUUCCCCAAUUCUGAAUUUUGCUUUUGGUAUGGAAUUAGAUUAUGCAUGCUACUGAAUGUCAUCCUCCAUAUAUGUGAAAGAUUAAUUUUCCUUGACAGAUAAAACUCUUUAACCCCCCUCUAAAUGAUACUCAGGUAUCAGGAGUAUGUUCUGCUGUACCUGUAUGUUAUCUUUAUAGAAUGUAAUUAGAGUGUAAAGCAAGAAAUCUAUUAUUGGUAUACAAACGCGCUGUCAGAAACAGACAGCUCUACAUUUGCAUUUGCAAAUACUCACAAUGGCCAUACUUCCUUUUCCGGGGACCUUAAUGCACUUUUUACUUGUAUGUCAUAUGAAAAAUAUUUUGAAAUUGCAUACAUAUCACUAACAUGGGUAGUGUGGGCAGCAUACCAAUUUGUAGUUGUUUUGAAUGGUGUAAUAUUUUUAUACUAAAGCAAGACUCUUGUUAAAAUAUAAAAUAUUGUAAAAUAUUUGGGAUUUGAAUUGGGAAACGAGUGAAAUGGUUAACCCAGCUAGCAGACGGUACUGCCAUAAAGAGACGUGUAUAUUUGGACAUGUUCUUUCUUCCCCAUUUUCCCAGGAACUGAGUAUUUGGAGACAGAACCCCUUGUUUUGGAGCGGAUGAAUUCUUAGCCCAUCUGACAGAUUUUAGUCUCAGGUAGAACUUUGAAAAAUGACAUGCAAGCAUGAGAGUAAUGACUUUCAGUAACUGACAUCCUGAUGUCCGUCAAGCUCAGAAAUCUUGUACUGUUCAUGGUGCUUCCUGUGGACAGUGUAAUUAAGUUAGCAGAAAUGGUUCAUUCAUUGUGUAACUCUGCAUAACUGUUGUAUGUAUGUAUCUAUGUAUGUAUGUGUGUAUCUGAUUGGAUUGAAUGGAUUGAUUUUCAUUCAUGAUUUCUGUGUUAUGAUUAAUAGCUGUUGACUAAAGCUCAUUAAAGCACAUGUUAAUUUCAGUAACAUGAACACGCAUUCAGCAAUGUCGCAAUCCUGCAGUUCCGGCGUUUAAUUAUAAUAAGGAAAAAUGAUUGUCUUCAGAUGAAUUGUGAGUCAAAUACACUUGCCAUGAUCAGA